AACCCCCAAAAUUUGCAUAAAUUUUCCUCCAUACUCUCUCUCUGGUUAGUCGAUAAACAAGACUGCAUAUUUUGAAGAUGAAGAAGGCCAGUUGUGCUGUCCUGUGCAUGGUGGCGAUGGCAGUGGUGUUGCUGUUUGGUGAAUUGCAUGUGAGUGAAGCAGUUACUUGCAGUCCUUUGCAGCUAAGUCCAUGCCUGGGUGCGAUCACGUCAGGGCAGCCACCGUCCGCAGCCUGUUGCAAAAAACUCCAGGAACAGAAGCCUUGCCUCUGUGGAUAUAUCAAGGAUCCAAAUCUCGGGAAGUAUGUGAAUUCCCCUAAUGCAAAAAAGGUUGCUAGCAGCUGCGGGGUGGCGGUUCCCAAUUGCUGAAAUUAAAUCAAAAUUCACCAGUUUAUAAGUAAAAAUAAUGUGUUCGCGAGUCAUGAAUAAUAAGAAUAGUUUUGUGUGUAUCGACAAAACUAAUGUGAAAUGCUUUAUAAGUUUACUGUUUACAAGACAAGCCCUUACAAGUUAUUGUGUUGUUCUUUGAUGUCUCGCUUUGAGUACGUUGAUUAAAAAGUAUAAUAAAUUUUUAUUACAUAUUU